AAGUUAAGAUUAUUUGUGUGUAAAAACUAAUAAUGGAUAAAUUUACUUCACUCUUUACAAAAAGGGCCGACACUCAAAGAAUGGGCAGAAGAUUUACCUUAAGAAGUCUUCGGCUGUCUUUAAAAUAUAGGCCUGAAAUCUUGAAAUUAGUUUUAAAAAUGAGACAAACUAUUAAAAUGAAGAAUGCUUUACUAAGCAAGUUAGCGCGGCAAUUAAAAAACAAUCUAGCAAGUACAUAUCCUUCGUGUACGCAAACAGAGUUAGACCCACCGCAGAUACAGGAUAGGAUCAAUUUAUUGCAAGGUACUGUAGAUCCAAAAUUGUGCGAUAAAAAUAGUACUCAUACACAAACUCCACUUGAGGAAACAGUAGACUUUAGUCUUACUGGCAGAAAAGAAUACCUCUGUGAUAAAAACAAUUCAUACACUCAAACAACACUCGAAGAAACUGCAAACAAAGAAGAAAAAUUUACACAAGAUUCAUGUACCCAGACAGCUAGUCCAGAUGUUAAAGAAAAUGCAAAAACAGACAGUAAUGAGGUCACAUCAACAGCCUGGGAUAUUCAAAGUGGCGAGAAAACAAAGAGUAUUGCAGAACAAGUAAAGGAGGUGGCACAAAGUGCUUUACAGCAGACCGGCAUGGUAUAUGUGGAGACAGCAGGAAUGUACUAUGACUAUAAAACUGGGUAUUACUACAAUUCUGAACUUGGGCUCUACUAUCACACAGACACUGGCUGUUACUACUAUUAUUCUGAUGAAAAGCAAACUUUUGUGUUUCAUUCUUACCCACAAGAUAAUAGUAGUACAAAUAAGGAACCUUACAAGUCCAAAGAAGUUAAGAAAGCAACAAAACAGAAAAAGAAACAACCAUCAGACGAUAUUGCAAACCUAACGAAACAAUUAAAUCAGGAAAAGGAAGAUGGGCAAACAAAACCAAAACGCAGGAAGAUUAAAAACACAAAUAAGAAACAGGAAGAUUCAAGCAAUAUUAAAGAUCAAGAUGUGAAAAUGGAGAUUAAUAGUGAAGAACACGAAACAGAUCCUCUAAAAGCAGAGGAAAAUAAAUUUGAGGACAAAUUAAAUAAAGAAUUAGAAGAUGGUGAAUGCAGUGAUACAGCAAGUGAAGCAUCUGAUGGUGAAGUUUCAGAUGCAAGCACUUCAACCGCAAGUGACGAUGAAUCAGUAGCGAGGAAUCACCCACCGUGCAUGCGUAUCAUUGUCAGAGAGACUAGUUUAGAGAAACUAAAGGUUGGCAGUCUGUACCUCAUAACUAAGGACGGGGGAACUAUCGGUAGAGAAGGAGACCACCAUGCUUUGGUAUUGAGAGACCAUAAUGUUUCAAGAAACCAUUUACAUUUAAAAUACGACAUGGACGAAAGAAGAUACUUGGCAGUUGAUUUGGGCUCCAAGAAUGGCACUCUUCUCAACGGUGUCCGUAUGUCGGAGAGUCAAAGCACGAGCGUCCCGAAUGAGGUAGUCCAUGGCAGCACUAUACAACUAGGUGAAACGAAGUUACUGUGUCACAUCCACGCUGGGAACGACACGUGCGGCCAUUGCGAACCUGGACUCAUUAUGGGAACGCAAGAGAAGGAGAAGCAAGUGGCUUACACACGUACAUGCAGCGUUCAGAAACAGCACCAACUCGAGCUAGCUCGCUUGAAGAACAAAUACGCUCCGAAACGUUUGGCGAUAGAAGAAACCGCAUAUAACGAUAGGGCGCAAACGAGAAGAGAAAAGAUGGGAUCCUCGCAUCAUUCGGAGAAGACCCAGAGCACUGAUAUCAAUACGUUUAUAGAACCAGAAAACAAAGGUUUCAAAUUGCUGGAGAAAAUGGGCUGGUCGAAGGGCGAAGGACUGGGCAAGGACAGCCAGGGAGACCGGGAGCCGAUUCCAAUGGUCAGCAACGAGGGGAAGACAGGUCUGGGAUCGACGAGUGAACCAAAAGUGAUGGUUUCCAAGACCCUGGGCCCCGCGACACUACGGUUGGCUGCUAAGACCAAGAUGCUCCAACCUCCAGCCAAGGCCUUUCAGCAAGCGGAGGAAGAUUCCGAAUAAACAAAAAUUUAAUCAUUACACAGUUUAAACUAUUGUCAGUCUGUCAUCUGUGUCUAUUUUUAAUAGGAACUAGAAAAAUUUAAAAAGUAUUAAAUGUAUUUCAUUAAAUUUGCACCAAUAUUAUGAUGUUGUUUGGUGCACUUUGCGGAAGUUCAUGUUAUAUAAUUCGUUUGUCCGGUAAGAGGCGUCGGCCAUGGCUAGUUACUACCGUACCGAUAAAGACGUGACACCAAACGCUUUUGCA